UUUCGUACUGAUCGUACACAUGGUAUAUACCGGCGUAUAGGUCGACUAAAAGCAUUGGAUAUCUCUUCUUUCCGCCGCGCUAUCACGCAAAAUCUCCAAACCCAAAGAUGACAUCUCCGAACGAAGCAGGCGGCGGAAGUAGGACCAUCCUCUGGUGCGUGCCGCGAGCAAUCUCUACUGCUUUUGCCAAGUGUCUGAGCUACAUCGAGGACACCGAAGUGUGGUUCGAACCCUACACCUACAGCUAUGCAGCAAGGGUACAGUACGAGCUGCACACCAAGCUCAAAAUCCCGAAGGAGUAUGAGGGCAACGAGAAGAUAUUCGAGACAGUCAAGGAGUACACUGAUAGAGUUAUCAACACUAAGUCUGAGCCAGAUCGUCUUCCAUAUGGAUCUGUAAAGCGCAGUCUUGAGAAAUCUACUGCCAAACACGUGUUUGUCAAAGAUAUGGCUUUCGGUGUACCUGACGGAUAUCGAGAGUACUUGCCAAAGGGUUACCGACAUACCAUGCUCAUUAGGGACCCAGAACGUUUCCUCAUGUCUUACAGAAGGACCAUCUUUAAACAUUACUCGGAUGUGGGUGCUUUAAAAGGAGAAGCUGCGAAUGAGAAGACAUUUGACUUACAGCGUGAUGACGAUUUCAUUGCAAACUCUCAAGGAUGGUACAUGAAGGAUCUCUACGACCUCUGGAAGUAUCUCCAAGCCUCUGGGAUUGACCCUAUCAUCAUUGACGGUGAUGAUCUACUGACCAAACCAGCUGAGACGCUUUCAGCUUACUGCGCUGCCGUGGGGUUACCCUAUAACGAUAGUUUACUCCAAUGGGAUGCAUCGGUAGAAGCUUUCAAGAAGAUGAAAGCUUGUGGCGACAAUCUUCUGAUGGACAUCGUUACUUUUUAUGGAACGGCCAUGAAAAGUAGCUGCUUUCUGCCUCCAAGGAAUAAACCACCACGUGAUCAACUACCCGCUGACGUCAUCAAAGGUUCUGACGAAGUCACGAAAUAUUUCAAAGAAAUGUAUGAAGCGCGCCUUAAAGUAUAAUUCUUCGAAUAGCUGAAAUUAUGGAAUUUUUUUUCCACAUAUUGAUUGGAACUUGAAAUCGAAUCAAUCAUAUUGAUUUAGACAUCCUUUUAAUCAAUGCAAAGGAGAUGGGUAGAUUCUAAUAACUGAUGCAGUCAGCGGUGAAUAUGUAAGGCUUAUGCAGUCUAACGCCUGUCACCAGAAUGGGAAAAUUGGACAUUAAAAAAUAUUACUUUGGGGUGCAGUUAGGUACUUUAUCAUUCGUUCAAGCGUAACAUGUAUUUCGUGCAAUGAACUUUGUCUGAAAUCGAAGAUAGUCCAACGAUCUCUCACUUAGCGUAUGCAUUAAAUAAGUAAAAAUCACAGCAAUUUAGUGUUUAUUAAUUAGAAAAAAAAUUGACCCCAUCAGACUAAGACCAGAUUUUAUCGCGUGUUUUACUUAGGACCACACACGCAAUGAUCAGAUUGGCCAAUGAGAUUGGAUGAUUUCAGUAGCUUUAAACGUUUUUUUGCAAAUUUGUUAUUAUAACAAAUUAAAGUAUUAUGAAACGAGCCCCUGAAGCAUAGUGAGAGCCAGCCAUAUAUGCCUGGUCUAUAAUUAAAUGGAAUUUCACACGGGUCGUGUGGUCCAGUGGUUAGAGUAUUGGACUCACAAUCACAAGGUUGUGAGUUCAAAUCCCCACUCUGCCAUUGUCUCCACUUUGAUAAAAAGGCCCGAGAGUAAUAUCUGUCGUCUAUAAGGUCAGCCAUUAUGACUGAUUAACCUAGACGUAAAAAUGUUUCCUUGGUAAUUUGUUAUAUACCAGCUUGGCGUUUACCAGCAAAAUGCUGUCCUGCCGAGUUCCUACAGGAGUUACCAUACCAUAAAUAUGGUUUUAGACCAUACUAAUUUAUGCCAUUACUGGAUGCUGCAUUUAAAAUAUUUUAUUCAUAAUGCAUCACCUCGUGUCGUGUUUGCCAUUACUUAACACUAUCAUGAAUUUAUAAUUAUUUUCUUCAGUCUUUUAUUUUGUCCUCAUCUUCAUUAACCGGGCAUGUUUGCUCAGUGGUAGAGCGUCCACCUCAUGAACGGGAGGUCGUGGGUUCGAUCCUCGGUCGAGUCGUUUAUAAAAUGGAACCUUCUGCCUUCUUGCUUGGCGCUCAGCAUUUAGACAAGAGAAGGGUAAUAAUAACAUAUUAUGUUAUGAAGGGCCCGCUGGACAUGCUGGAAGAGCAGCCUUAUGAUUUAAGUGGCUACCCUGGGUAAAUAAAACGUUAUUAUUAUUAUUAUUCAUCUGCUCGUUUGAGUAGCCUUAUCCUUCUCCCUAUCAGUCAUAUAUUCUUUCAGUAUUUUUCAGAAAAAAGGUAAGAUUUUCGAUUUGUGAUGCAUCUCCUGUUACCAUGGUUACGCGAUAAUUUGGUAAAAAAAUAUUGUGCUUUGGCAUGCGUGAGAAAACUUACACUUUUCGGGCGUCCUGUUAUUUCUCAUGAUAUACUAGGCGGCUACAGAUUUCUGCCACUCACAGAAAAUGCGUCUCAAAUCAAAAGCUACCCAUAUUACCUAUUUGUAUCUGUUUUUAUCUGUUUGUCUCCUGUUUCAUUCUUAAUUCUUGAUUGACUCCCUUCUUUCUUUCUUUAUUGAUACUUUGUUAAUUAUUAAAUAUUAGAAACCAUCGUCUCGCUUUUAUUUAGCAAGACGCGCUUUUAAACGCGAAAGAUCUUUUAUCUUUGCGCAUGAGCAGCGAAGAAACGCGUCAAACAGAGUACCGACGUGCGACGUCAGUUGCCAUGGUGUCAUGGCGGGCCGGUUCUAAAUAGACGAUCGUUUGUACACAUUUUUAUUUGCAAAUGACUUUCGCUCGUCUGAAAAAAAGGUUGCAAGCGAUCAAGUUCAGAUAGCAGCCAUUUUCUCUAAUGAGAAACCUACGCUUUCAUGUCUCUAUGCGCUUCCAAAGGACUUUGGGCUUUGGAUAUUAUUACCCCAGCUGUACGUAGCUUGGCAGCCGUAAUUACUCAGAUUACAGCGCACAGGCAAGGAAUAAAUUCCUGCUAGUUGCCCAUUCACCUCACCUGGGUUGAGUGCAGCAUUAUGUGGAUGAAUUCCUUGCUGAAGGAAACUACGCCAUGGCUGGGAUUUGAACCCACGACCCUCUGUUUCUCAAAGUCCAGAGACUAAUCCACUGGGCCACAACACUCCACAAAAAGGGCACAGGAAGCUUUAGGGUUCUAAAUGCUCUCUCAUGCUAUCUCAUGCUAUUUUUUUUAUAUAUAUGAUGGCACCAGUGGGCAGUGGCGUAAUGAGCCAAAAAUUUUGAGGGGGCUCGAUAUGGCGUAUCGCGUAAAAAUAAUAAAAAGUUGCGAGCGAGCAAACUUUAAAAAUCCAACUUUGUGAUAGAUUUUGACAUCAUAUUAAAAAAAUGAUAUCAUUCACCCUUCAUUCACGCUCUACUUAAGUUUUAACUUGAAUAUCGGCUUGGAUAUGAACAUUUGAUUCCAGUUUAGUUGAAAAAUGUGUUUGGGCGGGAGAAAGAUAAUUUCAAGCAGGAAAAAACACAUCUUAAGCGAAAAUGGGCUUUCGGCGGGAGAUGUCCCGCCGACGUCAUCGAUUCGUUACUCUAUAUACGUAUCACGGAAAAUGUGACUGCGUAAUGUAAGAGUGAUACCAAAGAAACCACCUUCAGCACUGUCCCGACUGCCAGGUGGUACGUCAUUAAAAGUAACGCAAUAUUUUUGAUUGGCCAGAAGUCAAUUUCCGAUAAUGUGACUGUGAUAUCAUUGUGAGUCGUCACUUAAUAUUUUAUUUCUUGUUUUUAACCACUAUAAUUUCCUCGCAUCAGUUUCAUUAUUACGCAAUAAUUUUGUUUUGUAGUGAUAGUUUGUUGACUUGAAUUCAUUUCAGGACCAGGGUUCAGUCUCAUAACGAUGACUUUUUUAUAAUAAAAAAAAUUCUUAAUCUUUUAUAACAAAUUUUCUAUCACCCAAUAAAAUCAAAUGAUUUCAGUAGCUUUAAACUGUUAUUGCAAAUUUGCUAUGACAACCUAUUAAAACGGACCCCUGGCUAGUACUUUGUGUGUUUUUCUGUACUACUUGAAUAACCAGAUGAAAUAUAUAAAUAAAACA